GAAAAAGUUGAACACGAGCCAUCCGGUCAAAAGUGGUUACUAUCUUCCAUCAUCAUCCCUCUUUGGCUAAGAGUUACGCCCCUCCUCUUUCAGCAAUCUCACCUUUUGCCGUUUAUGUGGUAAACUUUGCCAAGGUUGGCAUUUCAUCCUCAACCGGUUUGGUUGUAAAAGUGGGCAGUAGAAGGAAAAGCUUAUUCAAAACAGAAACCUAGAUUCCCUACAAGUCUCUAAUUAUCAUCAAUCGCCAAUAUGGCUACUCUCAACGUAAAAGAUGCUUUGUCCUAUUUGGACCAGGUAAAAGUUCAAUUCUCUGAACAACCUGACGUAUACAAUCGAUUCUUGGAUAUCAUGAAAGAUUUCAAAAGUCAAUCCAUCGAUACACCAGGCGUAAUUGAACGUGUCUCCACCCUUUUCCGAGGCCAUCCAAGUCUAAUACAAGGCUUCAACACAUUCUUGCCUCCGGGCUAUAGAAUCGAAUGUAGCUCUGAUCCAAGCGAAAGCAACUUGAUCACAGUUACAACACCUACAGGUACAACAACACAAACACCGGGUGGAGUGGGCAUCGCUGGCGCUAUUAACCGAGCCGGUGGCCCAGCAGCCAGACCCAGAGAUCCGGCAGAAGGGCAUGGUCAUCCACAUCCACCUCCCGUCUUGCCUCCAGGAAGUCUACAUCAUCGUCCACACUCUCCUGGUGGUGCACCGACCACGCCAGGUGCUGCCGCUGGUGCUGGCGUCUUGAGUCAUUCAGAUGCCAAUGCUAUGAACGACAAACGUCCACCAGUGGAGUUCAACCAUGCGAUCACCUAUGUCAACAAGAUCAAACAACGCUUCUCCAAUGACCCCGAUACAUACAAGCAAUUCUUGGAAAUUCUUCAAACAUAUCAAAGAGAACAAAGACCGAUCCAAGAUGUUUAUGCACAGGUUACCACCCUUUUCGAAAACGCAAAAGAUCUGUUGGAUGAAUUUAAGCAAUUCCUACCCGAUACAAGCGCUGGCGGUCAACAAAGCGGUGGCUUGUUUGGCUUGAUGGGACAGAUGACAUCCGGCAUGGGAGCAGGUAAUGUUGGUGCUCCGAUGCCGAUGCAUAGAAUGGAUCCAGUACACGACAAGAAGCCCGGUAUGGUUGGACCUGGCGGCCAAAUGGUAGGAGGACCAACACCAAGCCGAAAGAAGAGAAGCGCAAAUCCAGCCGUUGCCGAUACUGGUAGACCGGGACAGAAGCCAAAGAAGACCAAGAGCGGACAUCACAAAGAUCGUUCUCCCAUGCGAGAAAUGAGUCCAUCGUUCCAUGGUAUGGCCCCUCCAGGUGCUCUGAUGCAUCCGUAUGGACCAGAAGGCGGUAUGUUGCCUCCAGAAGCGAUGAUGCAGCCUGGUAUGAUGGGACCACCCGGUAUGCCUGGAAUGGCUCCUAACAUGCCACCUGGGCAAAGUGCAUUAGCCACAGUAGACGAAGUCGCCUUCUUUGAACGUGUGAAGAAGCACAUCGAUGAUCGGCCGACAUACAUUGAAUUUUUGAAAUUGCUGAACCUUUUCACGCAAGAUAUAAUAGAUAUGCGAACGCUAGUCGAUCGCGCUGCUCUCUUUAUCGGAGGCCAACGGGAUCUAUUUAAUACGUUCAAGUCAUUGUGUGGCUAUGAAAUGGGCAAGAAUGGAUGGCUAGACAACGAAGAUCCAAUCAUCGAGAAUGUACCAGCGAUUCAACGUGAACGGGUUGAUCUUAGCACAUGCAAGAUCCAUGGAGCCUCUUACCGCAAGCUUCCGAGGGCAGAAAUCCGAGUCGCUUGUUCCGGCCGUGAUCCGAUGUGCUGGGAAGUGUUGAACGAUGUUUGGGUAAGCUAUCCAACCUUGGCAUCAGAAGCAGAAGGUUUCAAUCCACACAAAAAGAAUGUGUAUGAAGAUGCACUUUAUAGAAGUGAGGAAGAAAGACACGAAUAUGAUUAUCAUAUUGAAGCAAACUUACGGACGAUUGCCUUGCUUGAGCCAAUCGCGGCAAGAAUAAGCAUGAUGGAUCACGAAGAACGACAGGCAUUCCGUUUGAAACCAGGCUUGGGCGGUCAAAGCAAAAGUAUCUACCAACGAGUCAUUAAAAAGAUCUACGGACGGGAUCAUGGUGUUGAAGUGAUUAAUGCUUUACACGACAACCCUUGCAAUGCCGUUCCCGUUGUAUUGGCUCGAUUGAAGCAGAAAGACGAAGAAUGGAAGCGCUGUCAACGUGAAUGGAAUAAGGUCUGGCGUGAAGUAGAUGCACGCAAUUACUACAAAUCUUUAGACCAUCAAGGUGUGAACUUCAAAUCAUCUGACAAGAAGGCAAUCACUUCUAAAGCAUUUGUUGCAGAAAUUGAAAGCAGACGCAUUCAACAGAUCCAAAGACGGCUUGCUUUGGAUGCAAGUUUGCCGCGACCCAAGGUGGAUCAUCAGAUGACGUAUCAAUUGGACGAUUUGAAUGUUCUGGUUGAUGUCGUUAAGCUCUCGUUCAGCUUCUUGGAUCGUGCCGCUUACAACAAGGCAGAUUGCGACCGGAUAGAAUCAUUCUUGCGUGGCUUCUUACCCAGACUUGUUGGAAUGGAUGAAAAGGCGUUUGAAGAGAUGAUCAAUGGGGAUGUAGUUGUGGAUGAAGAUGACGAAGACGAUGACAGUGAAAUCGCAACAGAUGAUGAAUCCACUGACGGUCAAAGAAGGAAAGGCCGUCAUCACAACGAUCUGAGAAGGAAGGUGCUUAAGACACAAGCGGAGAGCAACAAAACUGGUGUUGAAGGUUCAACAGAAACCAACGCUGAUGAUGUAGAGAUGACUGAUGCCAAUGGUACCACGGAACCCGAAGCAGAAGGUACAUCAGCAGCAAAGGCAACUUGGGCAAGCACUGAUGCCUCUCAAGCAUUUGACUCAACAACUGGUCAAACCAACAGUGUCGACAAUGCAGCCAGAUCAGCACGUAAAGGUGUAAACUUCUUUUGUUCUACGCCGCAUUACGUCUUUGUACGGCUAUUGCAAUUAUUGUAUGCACGUCUUUCAAAGAUGAAGCAACUUGGAGUGGAAAUGACUCAAGAGCGAAACGGCCAUGGCCAAAGCGCCGAUCGUAGUAAAGGAAGGGCCAAUCCGAUCGCAUUAGAGUUGGGAUUGCAAGAUCCCAGCACUGGUCCAGCCGCGAUAGUGGGAGCGACUGCCGCUUCUACCGCGAACGGAGAACAAACGGUAUCGGGUAUCACCUUGCAUCCUUCACGCUAUUACGAUACCUUGCUUGAUCUUACAGAGAAGUUCUUCGAUGGUGAAUUGGACAGCAAUACUUUCGAGGAAAGCGUUCGGUAUAUGUAUGGUAUUGAAGGCUACAUUGUGUUCACCAUUGAUAAGGUUGUUGGAGCGUUGAUCAAGGCCGCUCAGGUGAUUAUGACUGAUAAUAAGAGUCAAGAGUUGCAAGGUAUCCUGGAGAACGAUCGAGGUCAAGACUACAAAGAUCAUAUCGCCCGCCGAAUGAAAGCAGAGUCUAUCAUCGGUAAAGAUGAAAACUUGUACAGGAUCGAAUGGCUGCCAAAUAAUGCUACAGUGGCUGCACCUGCAACUGCAACUGAAGAAGAAGAACCCUCUCUUGACGGAACAAUGUUGAUCCAAUUACUUUCCCGCGAUGACCUUACUUUGGAUGAAGAAUUUGAAUCUGGAACGGCACAAGAGAAAUGGUUGUACUAUAUCUCAAGCUACACCCUUUGGACGCCAACCGAAGGACUUUUGCAAGAAGCUAAAGGACCUUUCCUUGACCGAAGUCUGAAAGUUCGUCGAGAGAUCGGUGAUGAUCAAGGUACGGCGUAUAGAACGCGAAAUGGAUUGGAAAUCAAAGUAUGCAUUUCUACGUAUAGGCUAUUCUUUGGACAAGAAUCCGAAGAUUACUUUGCCCGACUUUUACCCAAGAGUACCCGUGAUCGACAAGAUCGAAAGAUGAAAGCGUUGAACCAUAAACGAAUUUCCAAAUUUAAUGAUUGGAUAGAGUCUAAACAUAAAGAUUCUUCCGGAACGGCAACAGAAGCGGAAGCCAAACCAGAAGCAACAGCCACAACCGCUAAAGCCGAAGAGGAAGCUGGUGAAAAACCAGCAACGGUCGAAGCUGCCCAGUAGUAAGAUCACAAACUUUCCGUAUUUGUUCUCAUAAACGACUCUGCACAGUCUAUAUUUUUUGCUAUGUUCUCAUGUUAUUUUUGCAAUGUAUCAAUUUUGAAGUAAAAC